CUGCCAAGGCUGCUAAUCCCUGAAGAGUGUGACCCUCGUCGGAGUAAAAUAUGCGAACAUAGGGAAUCGGCGUCGCGUGGCUUCCCGAGAUUAGCGAACAAAACAAAAUCACGAGUAGUAUCUUUCCUGUUAAAUUACUCCAAGGAGGCCGGUCUCAGUGGACCCGACUCCCACAUGGCCACGGACACUGUGUCCAAUGGCGAAAACUUCGCUCAACAUACGCCCGGUAAUGGAAACGGCGACGACGAUGUAAUCUGCCCAACAUGCGAUGUGAAGAUCAAGCGCAGUCAGGUGGCCGAUCACUGCCAGGUGGAAAUGGAGCGCUUGCAUAAUCCGAUCAGCGUUAGCAGCCCGGGAACAGCUGCUCCCCCAUCCUCGGCACAAUCCAGCUCCUGUGGCAGGCAGCCAUGGACAGUUUUUCAGCGGGUGCAGCGUAACCGGCAAGCCCGCCAGCGUCAACGAACCCGGAAGCGUCCGGCAUCACCAGCCUCUGCCGCCCCUUCAGUUCCCCCAUCACCACAAUCUAUUCCUGCCACAGCGCCACCGCCCACCGUUUCAGCAGCCACAACAACAGAUUCCAGCCAGGCCACCUGUCCCAUUUGUAAUCGUAGCUUUCCACAAUCCAAUAUCCAAGAGCACGCCAACCAGUGCCUGCGCAGCAUCCGUAAGAAUGGCCAGGCCAACGGGGAGCGACAAUCUAGUGAGGAUUCAGACGACAGCGAGGAGUACGAGGAGUAUGAAUGGGCUGGCCAAAAACGCAUCCGCGUUUCCACCCUGGUGCAGGGCGGCUACUCGGCUCUGGGCUUAGGCCAGACGAUUAAGUACAAUGGUAGUCAGGCGCAAGAUGACGAAGAUGAGGAUCUCAACGUCGACGAGGACGACACUCAUAUAUAUGGGCCGACGCAGUACGGAGAGGGUGAUGUGAUACCUCUGGCCAACGAGGAUACCGAUGGAAAUGUUUCAGAGGUGGAUGUCACCAGCUAUGUGCGCCGUUUAAUAUCUUCAAGCGAUGGGCAAAAACCGAGCAACUCUGAUGUAGAAGCAGCUAGUUCCACGGCCGCCCAAGAUCCUGUUACCAACGAGGAGCCAUCCACGUCGCGAUCAACGCGUUCCGCUUCCCAAAAUCAACUGCAGGUCAUCGAAUCGCUGAAGGCCAAGCUGCGAGUCUACGAGAAGCAGGCACAGGGAAAGUACAAGUGCCUGAUUUGCAUCGACGACUACAAGAAUCCCGCCAUUUCUGUAUCCUGCUGGCAUGUCCAUUGCGAGCAAUGCUGGCUGCAAACCCUGGGAGCCCGAAAGCUAUGCCCCCAAUGUAAUUCGAUUACCACGCCGAAGGACUUGCGCCGCAUUUACCUGUAGAAUUAAUGAAUAAUAACCCCCAAUCUGUUAUCCCCGCUGCAACGUUGCUUGUGCUUGCUAAUCCUGGGACAAUAGUUGAUAAUCUUGCAAAUACUAUUUAUGAUAACAUAACAAAUAUGAUAUGUGACAUUACAAUAAGCAGUAAAAUGUAACUAUUACAAUAAACUAUUACGAACCAUAGUUUUCAGUUAUAUACGUUGAAGUAUAUAUGAAAAAUAGCAAACAUAAGAUUAAUUUCUAAUUACGAACCUACGAAAUAAACCUAAAAUGAUACUCAACUUC